GUUGUACAUGGACUACGGAAAUACACAUUUAAGUAUUGAGGUAUUGAAUCUAAAUAACAAAACUCCAUAAUGAUCGGUUCUUGGGAUUUGAACAUGUAUUCCGAAAAUGUACAUUUUAGUGUUAGGGAAUAGUUUCUUUUUUAAAUACCACACAUCAUGGAUAACGUUUUGUUCUGUAGUUUUGUUUUAUAUUGGAUGUUUAACGAAUUCCAGGGUAAAAUAUACUUUUCUGGGACUGACGGUGUUAAAUCUUACGAUGAGGCAGUAGCUUAUUGUGACCAGCUACCAGGACGUUUACUCCCGUACGGGAAGGAAGUCGUUAAAGCUGCUAAAAAUAAUGGAAUGUCUGGCUUAGCAUGGGUAGGAAAGCCUUGGUUUAAGAACGUUGGUUGUUUUUAUUUUGAUUCCAUCAGUAGUAAUGUCCCGAAGCAAGAGACAGCAAAUGUAAGCUCGUAUGUCUGCGCAUCGUAUUGCAGGGAUUACCAGUAUCUAUACAUGGGCAUGACGAUUACCCAUUGCUUCUGUUUCAAAAAUCACAAUGAAACUGCUCAUAAACAGGUGUAUGGAUCCUGUAGGGAUGAGUGUCCUGGAAACAAGAUAGACAAUUGUGGAAACCAAAAAAAAGUGCUUCUACUCCAAAAAGUAAACAGAAUGAGGGAUGAUGUAAACGAUACUUUUCGACAGACUUUCCGCUGUAGCGAAAAUGGCGUAAGACUUAGAGAUGAUAGUGCAAUACAGGAAUUUUUUUUCUUCUGUGAAUAUUCUUUCAAGGGUUUAUCCUCAUCAGAUGUUGCAACAAUGAGGACUAUAGAAAAUACGUCGGUUGCAGAGAAUGAGAUUUGGAAUGGGCUUACAAUUGGAGUUGUUGUAGGAGUCAUAGUUAUAGUUAUAUUCGUUAUUGGUUUUGUGGUAUGUGUGUACUGCAAAUUAAGAAAUAAGAAGGCUGUUGGUGUAAAAGAGGAACAUUGUGGAAACCCAUGUAUUAUUGACGCAACAGUUGGUAUAAAAACUGCAUAUGAAAACCCAUGGUCUGAUCAAGAACCAGUAAGCCUCCUUAGGUCUGAUGACAACAGAUUUGACAACAAUGUCUAUGACCAUGCUUCACACAAGGUUUUUAGAGAGAACAAUGAUUUAUUGUUAUACGAUGUAGCAGACGUUGGAAAUGAGGAAUACAAUAUUACUGCUUUUGGAAAACAACAUGUUGAUCCUGGACUUCAACAAAUCAAGAGCAACAACUAUCAACUUAAUGAUUAUGACACAUGCGCAAGUGAAGAAAGUGAAGAAAUGAAAACAAAAUAGUCAAAAACUUUUGUCAUUAUUGAAACAAAUUGUCGAAAUGAAAAGCUAAUUUGUCUAUUAUAAAAAAUGGAGGGGAACAUUUCAGCGAACUAAUAUUUGAAAGUAUUUAGUUUGAAACGUUAGAGCACCAGUUUUGGCAAUAGAACUAUACUUUAUCUAAUUUUAAAAUUUAAAGCACAAGAAUACAUUUUAGACAUAUAUGACAAUAUCAAAAUGUUAUGUUUCAAUUAAAUGUUAUUCGAAAUUUAUUUUUGUGCAUUAUUACAAUCACUCAUUAAACUGAUUUCCCACUGAUCGAAAGUAAAUCGGGACUACCAUAUCAUUUUCAUUUCAUAUAUUUGUAGCUAUACCUUUAAACAUCUGAUAUGGUAUUGAACUUUAGUCGAUGCGAUACGUUUUGAUGUAAUUGGCACUGAAACUUCUAAUUUCGGCUCAAAAUAAGCAUUACUAGUUUUGAUUUUUUAGCAACCUGUAAUACUGAUAUGUCAAAGGUCAAUGGAGAAUUUGAUUUCUAAGGGAGAUCAAUAAAUUUCAACCCCAAGUAUUGCAGGGAGUUUUUAAUUAUAAAUAUAGAAAAGAUUAAAAGUCUAAGGAACUGAUUAAUUAAUUUGAAACAAUCACAAUAACAACGAAAUUAAAGUUAACACAGUAUUCUUAUUUGUAAUACUGGUGCGCAUGUCUUAGUCAGAAUGUGUCAUCGUAUUAAAUGCUUAUGAAGACAGCUAUUUCUUCCCUUUAUUGGUAGCAAAAGAUAGUUCACAAAAAUAUUGUUUUCCAAUAUACAAUGCAAUUAAGUGCGAUCUAUAGAAAAACCCAGUAGAUAUUGAUAAAAUUCCAUACCAAGAGAUUCAACUAUAUCAUUAUUAUCAUAGGCAAUACUUCAGCAUGAUCAAACUAAAUUGGUGCCAUCAUAGCAUUAUAUACUUGAUAUAUAUGGUAUAAACACAAUUUUCUUCACUUAAGUAAAAUAUGAAAAGCUUUUAGAGCCUCUUGGACGACCAUACCUCACCAAAUAUUUGUUUGUCAUCAUCAUACAACAAUAAACAUAACAUAUAUUACUAUCAAAGGACAAUGGUCACUUUUGAAAAAGCAUUGCCUUUAAAUCGACUGUAUAAAACACUUUAAACUACACUACGCUAGUUCUUAAUUGAAUCUGUGUCAAUAGCAUAAUGGAAGGUAAAACAAAUGAUCUUCGUUGAUUUUCUUACCCCAGGAGUAGAUCACCUUAGCCGUAUUUGGCACAAUUUUUUGGAAUUUUGGGUCCUCAAUGCUCUUCAACUUUGUAUUUAUUUGGCUUUUGUAACUAUUUUGAUCUGAGCGUCACUGAUGAGUUUUAUGAAGACGAAACGCGCGUCUGGCGUAUAAAAUUAUAAUCCUGGUACUUUUGAUAACUACUUCAUAAGAGUGUUCAUUUAAGCUUAAAAAAUCCGAACAGUUUGUGAAAUUUUGUCAAAUACGUUGUUUUAGUGCAGUGAUACAUCAUGGAAAUACCCACUAUAAGUUAUUUGGAAUUAAAUGUAACAUCGCAUCUAUUUCUAUGUCAAACAGGUGGUAAUUAGUUAUCAAAGGUACCAGGAUUAUAAUUUAGUACGCCAGACGCGCGUUUAAUUAAUACGGCUAAUUUCAAAACAUUAAAUUCGUAGGGUUUAUUUCAACCCUUCGUGAACAUACUGAAAAUACAUUAUGUAAAUAUCGGUUCUAAUAUGACGUUUGAACAUAAAAAUACAUAAUUUUCGGGUCAUAUCUUCGUUCGCGAUGUGCCAAGAUUAGUUGUUUAAUAUCAAUAGUAUUAUCGCCUCUGUUUAUCUUUUGAAUUUAUUGUCUUUCGCCGCCAUAUGUGUAUAUUCUAUAAACAUGGUAAAAAUAUAUAUUUAAUAUGCUGUCUUGCUUCUGAAUAAAGUAUUUUUAUAUUUA